AUGGCGUCACGGCACCGUCGCAACGCCGUUGAAGGAAGUCUAGAUAUAGUCUCCAAGAAUGUUCAGCCUAUUCAUGCUGAUGUUAAAUCAGAAAUGACGGUCACUGAACAGCCCACAUCACGGACUACUCACUGCACCUUCGAAUCAACCCUUGAAACCCUUAAAGUCACACCACCGGUCACCAUCUUUCAGCAGUCGCUCCGGAAAUCUCUGCCAGUUCCUAGCAGGUUAGAGCUGAUCAGAAGCAUCAGCCGGUUAGCAGCCGUAGUAGCGCUGGCGUUCACAGCUCUGGUGGAACUGUACCCCGCGUUGGCUCAUCUCGUUAACACUUUUUAUAGCUUUAUGGUAUAAAUUCACUUUAUACAA